GCGCGCGAGGGCGCCGCGGCCACUGGGCUCUGCGGAGCGAGCGAGCGGUCAGCGCGGAGCCGGAGGCGCGCGUGUCCAGUCCCAAGGCCGACGCCAGCUCGCAAGCAUGGCCCCGGCAGCGGCUUCGGGUGGCAGCACCCUGCCCAGUGGCUUCUCGGUCUUUGUCACCUUCCCCGACUUGCUCUUCAUCUUUGAGUUCGUCUUUGGAGGCCUGGUGUGGAUCCUGAUCGCCUCCUCCCUAGUGCCCAUGCCCCUGAUCCAGGGCUGGGUAAUGUUCGUGUCUGUGUUCUGCUUCGUGGUCACCACUGCCCUGAUGGUCAUGUACAUAAUUGGUACUCACGGCGGUGAGACUUCCUGGAUCACACUGGAUGCAGCCUAUCACUGCGUGGCUGCCCUGUUUUACCUCAGUGCCUCAGUUCUGGAAGCACUGGCCACCAUCCUAAUGUACGACGGCUACACCUACAAGCAGUACCAUGAAAACAUCUCCGCAGUGGUGUUUGCCUACGUGGCCACUCUGCUCUACGUGGUCCAUGCCGUGUUCUCCUUAAUCAGAUGGAAGUCUUCAUAGGGAAGCGGAUCGGCAGCUGGAGACCCAGACAGCAUUAACCGAUCAGCCCAUCUUCCCCCAUUAACUUCCUAGAACACAGACUCAAUGGCAGAGAGAAGAAAACAAGCCAGAAAGCAAACAAAACGAAAACAAAAACAAAAGGGAGCUAUGUUCCAUUUCUCUUGGGUGUCAUGUUUACCUUCUGCCGAGGGGUUAGACCUUGCUAUGUUUAACCUCCAGCUGAGGGAGGAAGGAGCUGUCUUGCCAGGGGACCCUGUCUGCCCUUGACAGGGACAGUGGGUGGGAACUGGGAACCUUGAUCUGAAGAAAUGACGAUUUCCCUUUGACCCUUGGAGCACAUUCUAAGAAUUUCCUUUUGGAAUUUUCCAUGGGCUCUUUUGAACACUCAUCCCCUGGCAUGUCUCAGUCUUUGUGGAUAGCCUGAGUGUCUCAGGCACUGAAAUUUCCCCAACAAAGGUCUCCAGAUAGCUUGGUGGAGGAUGAGCCCCUUUGAAAUCCUUCAUUAAAUGCCUGUAUGUUUCAUGCUUCAGGGUGAAGAGCUGGAGGGAUUGUUUUCCAUUCUCUGGGACCAGAGACACCUUCCUGUCAGCUUUCUUCCUGCAGAAUCCCUUGGCUUAACCUGAAUCUCAAGGGACGAUUCAGAUGUGUAUGCUCGGCCACUCUUUCCCGGAGUGACUCACUGGGGACCCUACCCUCACAGGAAAGUCUGCCUGGAUAGCGUCUCCCUUGUCCCCUUUUUGGGAAUAUCCCAAGAGCCUCCACCUUUCUUUUUCAAGACACAGUUGUCUGCAAAAUCAGAGUUUUCUCAAGCCCCUGAGAAAACUAGCUGUGGACAACCCUUCCCACAGAGAAAAAGGACCUGACUGCAGAGUGAAGGGGGAGACAGUGGCUGUCUUUGGCUGCCACAUUCCAGCUGACCUGAAAAGAAAGUAUAAUUGACCCUACAUCUUAAAGACCUGAGUGACAUCAUAGAGAUGGAGCCCCAGAUGCAGGGAUUUCCUGCCAGCCUCCCAGAGAGCCAAGAUUCUAGCCUCGGUCAGGUUUAAUUAGUGGAUGUUUUAUUCUCCAACAAAGUAAGAGAUGAAUCCCACACUUGAAUUGGAUUUGGGUUUUUGUUUUGUUUUGUUUUUUCUACCUUGGUCCUGAGGAUAGAGCCCAGAGCCUGUGCAUGCUGGGUAAGCACUCUACUGCUGAAUCCCAUCCUCAGCCCCAAAUUGGGUCUCAAUGGCGCAUCCACGAGGACUUUUGUUAUCCCAGUAUCAGUGGUACCCAAAUCUGCCAUUUGCUGACUUAACCACAGCCAGAAUUUCAUGGUAAAACACAAGCAAAAGAUUAGGUUGGGGAUUUGUUUUUAAAAAUUAAAAUAUAAACUAAGAGAUGAUAUGAAGUGCAUUGUAAUGUUUAACAAAAUCUGUAACUGAGUGCUGACUGGGUGGUCUUAUAUUCUCAACAACACUGCACUGUAACAUGGCACUAACCAGCAACUCUGCAUGAAUGAGGAUCGCUUCUUGAUAGGAGGGAAAAGAGAUGGAGGAACGAACAAACGAACAAACGAAGGAAAGAUGACUAAAUGAAUUCCCCAAGGGUUUCUCAGUGUUUCAGAUUUUUAAUCAUUAAAAGAAACUUUCAUACAA